AUGGAGACCUGGUUUUGGAUUGUUGGUUGGUUUCUUUCAUUUCAAACCAUCAUUAGAAAUGGAUUUACAAUCUUCCUCGUUUGCAGCAGACGAAAUCUCCGCACCGAAACCAACGCAUUUAUUGUUUCACUUGCGGUAGCGGAUUUCUGUGUUGGUUUGAGCGUUAUUCCUUCUCUGUUCUUCUGCGACAUUACAAACACCUGCUACUGGUCUCAACAUUUGCUAUCUUGGUCAUCUUGGGUGAAUAUUAUAAGGUGGUUGCUUAGUAACAAGUCUGUUGUAAACUUAUGCGUCUUAGUACUGGAUCGUUUUAUUGCCAUCGUUCAUCCUCUGAAAUACAUUAAUUUCAGACUCGCUGUCGAAUUAUCCCAAUUAUUUUCUUCUCUUGGGUUAUACCAGUUAGUUUUACGCGCUAAAGAUUACCCUUUCUUUGUUUUAUUUCAAAACAAUACCUGUCCCUGUGUCACUUAUUUGGCUGACAAUAAUUUCCGAGUUUCUUCCAUGUGUUCUGUUAACACUCUGCUUUGCAUCAAUGACAUUUCACGUACGCAGGCAUGAUCAGUCAGCACGCACCUUAGCAAAAAAGUUACGUUUUAACCAUCAGAUGUCGUUAAAAAUCCUCCACGAUAGGUCUGCAGUAAUAAUGAUGGGUCUUUUGAUAGGAGUGUUUCUUGUUUGCUAUGGGAUGCAUCUGCGUUGGCGCUGUGUUUAAAAAGAAAAUUACAAAGUUAACUAAAGUUUACCACUUGACGCGCGUAACUCAUUCUUGUAAGAUGUAAGUCUUUUAUGAACGAGUGUGAAAGGCUUGAGCAAUUCAGUAAAAGACUGAUAAACGUGUGAGGCUUGGACUCAAAGCGAAUUGAAAUUUGGAAAAAAUGGCGCAUUAGGAGAGAAAACAAGAACCUUUGGACCCUCAGAGAAUACAAAAUUCAAGGGAAAGGACUUAGGAUCAAGUUUCACAGGUGGUGUGAGACGCAAGUUCUUAUUCGAUGGAACUUUUUAGUUUCACAUCACGAGAGUAUAAUUUUGUGUUCACACCGGCUGCUACCAAAGCCCGCUUUGCUUCACUUGCUCGAUUUUGGUAUACUCGAGCAAGACUCUGCAUCAAUUGAGUAACAAAGAUAGCGUGAGCAUGUGCCGCUUGUUGCUUGGAUACAGUUCGGACGCACGCUUAAUAGCCGUGCGCUUUGUACAGCGGGCUCAUCGGUUAUGACCAUCAAUUUAUCAAUCUGAAACGGAUGUUCGCACUCUGAAUACCAGUUUGACGGGAGAAAAAAAAGAUUGACAAGUUCAGAAGUUCGAGGUUCGGUGACUUCAUAAGGCUUGGUGCCAAUUUUCCUCCGCACCGAGGUUAAUUUUGUUCGUUCAACAGUCUUCGUAAUCAACUCUGUUAACGGCGAUAGAUUCCUAGAAUGUACCGAACCGAACUGAAAGAUUAACUGUACGAUAUUCUUGUUAUAUGAAUUAAUUUCCUUGUUGAGAAAAACACAAAGAAAUGUAGUAGUUUUGUAAUCUUUCCGUGCAUGUUUAUUUCAGGUUAGUCUUGCAGGUGUGACUGAAAUGAUAAAAUCGUGUAAAGUGUAAAAUGACUUGUUAUGGAGAAAAAAGGUAUAGCUAUCAAAUGUGUCACCUUUUUCGCCCCGGUUACACGAACGUAAGUCUCAUUUUCCUUUAAAUUCUGUAGAAAUCAUGACAAAGAAAUAAAUAUUGGUUGCUAAGGAAGCCCAACAGCAAAUUGGAGCUACGAGUUGUUUGUGGCUGGAACGAUAUUAAAAUCGUUGCAUACCGAAUGAAUAAUAAAACCUUCCAAUUUAGCAGUACGAAAUAAAAAUGCAGUAGAAGGUAUUUAACUAAACAAUAUUAAUAAUUGAUUGAUAACUGAGCUAGUGAAACAGUUGUUAAAGAUCAUAUCGACACCCCAGGCGUCUUGCGCCAUGUAUAUAUAUAUAUAUAUAGUGAAAGGAUUAUAAAAUAACAAGGUUUUAUAAAUAAUCAAUAAACUGUUGGACAGGAAGUUUUUGUGAAGAGGGUGUUUUUUCCACAGUUGAACUGCCUUUAAAAACUUAUCGACAUUGUGUUUCUGUUUCACAUCGUGGUCAGUUAAUUUUUUUUCUUGCUCUGUUUAUUAACUGAAAACCUUUGCAUGCUCUGUUUAGUACAGCAGUGGAAUUAAACGGAAUAGACUGCAUGCAUGGGCAGAUUACCGUGAUGCUGCUGGCUCAUGUCUGUCUUGUUUUAUUUUCUCGCUUAGGAAUAGUUAACGACAACGGUGGAAACGUUCUCAGGCAAAUUUACUGAUAUUAGAGACAGCCUUUUUAUUUAUUAAUGCACUUUUGUAGUAAUUUGUAGCAGACCUGUCGCAAUUUGUAAGAAAUACAUGAUGUCGUCGGCUGCAAUUUAGACUAAUAUAAAGUGAAGGUAUAUUUUUUUUUAAUCAGCUAAGGUCUCGGUUAAUUCCAUCUGUUAUAACUGAAAGACCGGAAAUGGUUUAGCUGUAAAGAGAAUAAUUAAUUAAGAUCCAGCCAGAUAAGAGCUAUUUAGAUUAAGAUCGGCAAUGUUGGAGUGUCCCUUUCCAUUUGACAAAAUUGUUGUCUCAAAUACCGCUCUUUUGUGGCAACGAUAACCAAACGCACUGUAACUUUGGUCAGGUCGAUGUAGUUCCAUUGGGCACGUGGAAUUUCCAACAUUUCAACCAGAAUUUUUGUUGUAUUGAAAGCGCCCAUUGGCUUUGAAUUACAGCACGCAACUAUCCUCAUUUUCCUACCAACUGUGUUGCGACAGCUCGGUCAGUUACCUACUGCGCAUGCGAAACACAUUAUUAUUAGAAAUUACCAAGUUUAUGACAAAGUAGGACAAUCAAAAGGACUUCAGUCUAGUAACAUACAUCUGCCAGUGAAUAACUCACAACCUCCUGACAUUAUUGCGAAGAGGAUAUUUUUCUUUUAUCUGUAGUUAAUAAGAACCUCUCUUAACUGCCGUUACUACGGAUGGAGACCUGGUUUUGGAUUCUUGGAUUGGUUCUUUCGUUUCUUGCCAUCACUGGAAAUGGAUUUGUGAUCUUCCUCGUCUGCAGCAGACGAAAUCUCCACACCAAAACCAACUCGUUUAUUGUUUCACUUGCAGUAGCGGAUUUCUGUGUUGGUUUGAGCAUUAUUCCUUCUUUGUUUGUAUGCGACGUUACAAAAACCUGUGACUGGCCUCAGGCUUUUCCUUCAUGGAAAGAUGUCGUAAGGUGGCUGUUUAGCUACUUGUCUGUUUUAAAUUUGUGUUCUCUGGUGCUCGACCGUUAUAUCGCCAUCUUAAAGCCUUUUAAAUACAUAACUUUCAUGACUCGAUCUCGUGUUAUUCAAGUGAUAACUUCCUGUUGGAUAGCGUCAUUUACGCUGGUUGCGCUCAAGACCGCACUUCGGCUUUGCUGUGAGACCCCUCUGACCAGUAUCGUUGCAGUUGUGGUUUUAAUGAUUUCCAUGGAAAUCUUUCCAUGCGUUCUGCAGAUACUCUGUUUUGUGUCAAUGUUAAUUCACGUAUGGAAACAAGAUCGGUCAGCACGCACCCUAGGACGGAUAUCUUUUAAAACCCGUAACGAGAAGUCUGCAGUAAUAAUGAUGGGUAUUGUGAUAGGAGUGUUUGUUGUGUGCUACGGAAUAUAUUUACGUUGUAGUCUCGUAGUACUAUCCGACACAAAUGCAUCAUGUAAAGAUGAACAAUACAAAAUUCCUGUAUUGGUUUUAAACUCGGCCAUUAACCCACUGUCUUAUGCUUUUUUCAAAAGAGACAUAAAGAAAGAGUUUAAAAGGCUUAUCAGUCAGGUGGUUUAA